UGGGGCUCUGGGCGGUGGCUGUGACCUCUGCACAGGGCCUCCUGGGUGCCUGUCCCUGAGCAGGUUGUGUAGGUACCUUACCUCAGUGGUGAGGAAGCCCAGGCCCGCCAAGGGGAGGUGAUGUUUCCACCUGGUGAGAGGCGAGGUGGGGACCUGCGCUACCUGUGCCCUCACCGGUGCGUCUAAUAAAACAAGAUGGGCUUGGCACCUGGUGGCCCACAGCCUCAGUGUAAGCAGACCACAGGCCUCAGCACAGAGCUGCCCAGCCGGGCCCGAGCCACUGCUGAUGUGGCGCCCUGGAGCAGGAGGCCUUUGUGAGGCGGCCCCGGGCGUGGGCAGCAGGUUCCGUCGUCCUGCCCACCGGGGGGAGGGGCAGGCAGAAGCCGGGAUCUGGGACCCCGCGGAAGAUGGUUCUCACCAUGCUGGGGGCUUUGCACCCCAGGGCCGGGCUGAGCCUCUUCGUCCUGUACCUCGUCCUGGCAGCCGCGCUUCUCCGCCCCCAGCCACUGAGGUAACUCCUGGGGGCCCCGGGCCAGCGGCCUGGAAGUGGGGGGUGCUCUGCGGGCCAGCCCCUCCGUGGUGUCAGGGGCCCCCCCACCCUCAGAUAUUGCUCCCUGUUCUGGGAGGUGGUGGCUGCUCCCUGGCCAGCGCUGAGCACCCCAACUUCUCCCACAGGCCUCAGCGAUCCGUUCCUGAGGAGUUUUCGGCCCCCCUGGAACUCUCGGAGCCGCUCUCCGGCCUGGUGGACGACUACGGUGUCCGACCGAAACACCCGUGGCCUCGGGGGCCCCGACCCCUGCUCUCCCGGGCCCAGCAGCGCAAGCGAGAUGGGCCCGACAUGGCCGAGUACUACUAUGACUCACGCCUGUGACGGGAA